AUGCACUCCCCAUCACUCGCCGCCACACAGAGCGACCAACGCCUCAAAUUCUGUGUCCUCUCCGCUCUUUCAAUCUCGAUAUUACUAUUCACAGUCGUACAUAUCAGACAUCUGAUACCAAGUCACUCCUCGCAUACACCCCAUACACAACCGAAUUCUUACGCGCUUACGACUUCACCAGAAAAGUUCCAAUUAUCAAUGAGGCCCCUUCAGUAUGGGAUAGGGGAUUUGAAUAUUUGGGAGCUACUUUUUAGAAGCAGACAGGAGGAAGACGAAGUGCAGAAUGGUGAGAGUGGGGAUGAAAAGAGCAAGACGAGUCCUCAUAAAUCCAGUAUAGCAGAUUUGAAUAUCUGGGGAUUACUUUUAAGGAAGACACAGCUUGGUUCUCAUCAGGAAGGGAUUGCGAAAGACCUUCGCGUUAGCGAGACGAUCGAUGAAGAGAAAGAAUCUUAUCAAAAUAUCGAAGUCAUGAAGCCUAUUUGGGUUCCCUCGAAACUCAGCAGUUCCAAAAAUGAAGGCGGGGAGAUUGCAGACGGGAAUGGAGGGGGACCUUGUGAUUCGUUUUUUGUUAGUGAUUUGAUAGACUGUGGAAAGAAUGUCAAUGGGAAGUUUAGCGGUGGGAUUGGGAGGAAGCCUCUUGGCGAGGAGGUCGAGAGGGAGAAGAAGGAUGUGGAAGCUGAGAGUGAGAAGAAUAUUGAGGGAAGCGAGGUGUCGAGAAAGGAGGGGUUGAGAUGA